UUCAAUAAACAAAUAUAGUUCGUAACUAAAAGAAGUAAAGAAAGUGUUACCCGCGUGUGUUCAUAAAUAGCUUGCAUGCGGCGCUUGAAGAAACUGUCCAAAAGUCACAGUGUGACGGGGACGCUAGAAACUGAUGCGGCGCCGACGUCGACCGAGACAUCGGCAACAACAACAAUAUUGGGGGGAGAUGCAGCAGCGACCACGAUGACUGCGAAUGGUGGAGCAGGAGCAGGAGCAGGGGGAGGAGAGACUUUAUUCAACGUUGAUAUAUUCAAGCAUUUCGAUAAAACGGGCAGAAGUGAAUUCAUAAAAUACCUGAAGCAACAGCUACAGGAGAGCCCGGAAAGUCCCGUCUUUGAUAAGCAUGGAGCAUUUAAACAGGGCAUCUCAAAUGCCAUAUAUGAGCUGCUGUGGCAAGCACUUCGCUUCAAGCUGAAAAAGGAUGUUGUUUUGCAUGCGCUUACCGAUGUGGUCGCUCUGCACAAGGAAUUUCCUAGUCUCAUAUUGGAUGUGGUGAAUAUAUUGGACAGCGAGACAUCGCUGAUGACCGAGGGACUGCAGGAGGAGCGACAUGGAUUUGUGCAAAUUGUCAAGGAUCUGGACAAGGUGCUGCCAGAGGCAUUGCUGAAGGAGCGACUGGAAAUUGAUACGCUCCAAGAAGUGGGCAUUGUGAAGAACAAAAGUUUCUACACCAAAUUCAUCAAAGUGAAAACAAAGCUAUACUAUAAGCAGAGGCGUUUUAAUCUCUUUCGCGAGGAGAGCGAGGGCUUUGCCAAGCUGAUCACAGAAUUGAAUCAAGAUUUUGAGGAGCACACCACACCCGAUGUCAUCAUGGACAUCAUCAAAUCACUGAUAGGUUGCUUUAAUCUGGAUCCGAAUCGUGUGCUGGAUAUUAUAAUUGAGUCCUUUGAGACGCGGCCCGAUCGCUGGAAGCUAUUUAUACCGUUGCUACGCAGCUAUAUGCCCACUGGCUCCAUAAUAUGCGAAGUACUCGGCUACAAAUUCUGCCAUUUUAAGGCGUCGCGCACGCCUCGCUCCUUGCACCAUGUCUGUGCACUGCUCCUGAAGCACGGCGUCAUCGAGCUAAAUGAUAUUUAUGUGUGGCUGGCGCCCAACGAUGGCAGCAUACGUGCAAUUUGGGAUGAGGAAUUGGCAGAGGCCAGGGAAAUGGUGCGCAAACUUCAUGUGAUCUCCACCAACAAAAAAGAUGACGACAAGGAACCACCACCACCACCUACAACUAAGAAAUUCGAUGAGGACAAAUACAAUGCUAAUCAAAAGUUUGGUCUAUGUGAGGCGCUGCUCAAGGUUGGCGACUGGGAAAAUGCGUACAAAAUUAUACAAAAGCUGCCGGAUCAAUCGGUUGUGGUGCAAGAUCCGAUUGCACGUGCCAUCGUCGAGCUUGUGCAUCUUUCUGUUGAGCAUAUCUACUACAAGAGAUGCUUCAAAGCGCCCGCCGGCCGCAAACCCAGUCGCAAUCGUCUGUACGAUGAUGCCAGCCUGGUGGCCAAGAUGCAGGUCCGCGAAUUUGCCGAUCUACGCAAGUAUACGUGGCCCAUGGCGAACGUUUUGGGUCCGGCGAUGCACUGCGACACGAUUCUGAUGUACAAACUGGUGCGGAUCAUGGGCAGCGUAUUGCAUGACAUGGGCGUGGAUAGUUUGAAUGGUCCGCCGCCGAAUACGGAUCAGGAGCAGCAGUACUAUGACAUCAUCAGUUGCCUGGAUGCGUGCAUAUUGCCCUCGCUACUCUAUUUGGACUGCAAUUGUCCCAUGUCCGAGGAGAUUUGGUCCGUACUCAAAUUCUUUCCAUAUCACUUACGAUACAGUCUGUACGGGCGCUGGAAGAACGACAGCUAUCAGUUGCAUCCGAAUCUUAUCCGCCGUUGUGGUCUGGCGCAGCGGGACAUCAAGGCGCUGAUGAAGCGCGUCAGCAAGGAGAAUGUCAAACCGCUGGGACGACUUGUCGGCAAAUACAGCCAUUGUGCGCCUGGACUGCUCUUUGAUUAUAUUCUUGUGCAGAUCCAAAUGUAUGAUAAUUUAAUUGGACCCGUUUGCGAUAUGCUCAAAUAUUUGACAAAUUUAUCAUUUGACUGCCUCGGAUACUGCAUCAUUGAGUCUCUGACCAUGACGGGUCGUGGUCGGUUUAAGGACGAUGGCACCUCGCUCUCACUGUGGCUGCAAAGUCUCGCCUCGUUCUGUGGCAACAUCUACAAGAAGUAUAGCAUCGAAAUGAGCGGCCUGCUGCAGUAUGUCGCCAAUCAGCUCAAGUCGCAGAAGAGUCUCGAUCUGCUUGUGCUCCGGGAACUCGUCCACAAAAUGGCCGGUGUCGAGUCCUGCGAGGAGAUGACCAACGAUCAGCUGCAGGCGCUCUGCGGCGGCGAGCAAUUGCGUGGCGAGGCUGGCUACUUUAGUCAGGUACGCAACACGAAAAAGUCAUCGAAUCGCUUGAAGGAGGCAUUGGCUAACAAUGAUCUCGCCGUCACACUUUGCCUGCUGAUGGCCCAGCAGAAGCACUGUGUCAUCUAUCGGGAAACGGCAGCGCAUAGCCAUCUGAAGCUGGUGGGCAGUCUGUAUGAUCAGUGCCAGGAUGCUUUGGUGCAGUUUGGCACAUUUCUGGGCUCCACUUAUUCGGUGGAUGAGUACGUGGAACGCUUGCCAUCAAUUAUCACAAUGCUGCGCGAAUAUCACAUCAAUACGGAUGUCGCAUUCUUCCUCGCCCGGCCCAUGUUCACGCAUCAGAUUAACCAAAAAUAUGAUCAAUUACGCAAAGCGGAUCCCAAUGCUAAGAAGCUGACAACGACACAAAAGCUGCAAAAGUAUCUGGAUGCCACGCAACUGAUUAUGAAUCCCAUUGUGGAGUCGGUGCGUCCGCUGCACAGUGCCAAGGUGUGGGAGGACAUCAGUCCACAGUUUCUGGUCACAUUCUGGAGCCUGAGCAUGUACGAUCUGCAUGUGCCCAACGAGAUCUAUCAGCGUGAGAUUGGCAAGCUCAAACAGCUUGCUCAGCAAGCUGCCGAUGGCAAAGAUUCGAAUCAGUCCAAGAACAAAAAGGAGCAAGAGCGUUACAUAGCGCUCAUGGAGAAACUGAAUGAUGAGCGCAAGAAGCAGCAUGAGCAUGUGGAUAAGACGCUGCAACGGCUACAGGAGCAGAAGGAUGGUUGGUUCCUGUUGCGUUCGGCCAAAUCGGCGAAGAAUGAUACGAUUACACAGUUCCUGCAGUUGUGCCUCUUUCCGCGCUGCACCUUCACUGCCCUGGAUGCACUCUAUUGUGCCAAGUUUGUUCAAACCAUACACAAUCUGAAGACUGCGAAUUUCUCCACGCUGCUCUGCUACGAUCGGCUCUUUUGCGACAUUACGUACUCGGUGACAUCCUGCACGGAGGGUGAGGCGACGCGAUAUGGCCGCUUUCUGUGUGCCAUGCUGGAGACGGUGAUGCGCUGGCAUUCGGAUCAGGCCGUGUUCAACAAAGAGUGCGCCAAUUAUCCUGGCUUUGUGACCAAGUUCCGCGUUAGCAAUCAAUUCUCGGACACCAACGAUCAUGUGGGCUACGAGAAUUAUCGUCAUGUGUGCCACAAGUGGCACUAUAAAAUCACCAAAGCGAUUGUGUUCUGUCUGGACUCGAAGGACUUUAUGCAGAUACGCAAUGCGCUCAUCAUAUUGAUGCGCAUCUUGCCCCACUAUCCGGUCCUCUCCAAGCUCGAGCAGAUCAUUGAGCGCAAGGUAGACAAAGUGCGAGAGGAGGAGAAGACGCAGCGUCCCGAUUUGUUUGCCAUCGCCACCAGUUACAUUGGCCAGCUGAAGCUGAAGACGCCGCACAUGUUCAAGGAGAGCGAUUUCCAUCAGGUGGCUGAGCGUCCGGCCAAGGACAGUGUACCCUCAUCGCCCGUUAGUAACGCCAAGGUGCUCUCCACGGAGAAAACAGCAGCAACUGCUGCUGCUGCAACUGCCACAACAACAACGUCCAUGACACCAACGAAACCAGCCACUAUUUCAUCCUCCUUUUACAGCAACGAACAAAAGACAGCUGGUGGCAAAGAGCAGCAGGACGCUAAGGCUGGUGGCGCAGUGCGAGGCGAGGUGAAACUUAGCAAAACGGAUGGGAGCAGCACUACAACGGUGACUUCCAUCUCAAAGUCCAUUUCGGCGCCGGCGACAAGCGAGCGUGAACGCGAGAGUAAACGGGAUGCGAUCGGAGGAGGAACAGGAUCAACGCAAUCGCAUCGCAGCAACGAUGUCAAGGACGAGCUGCAGUCGAGCAGCAGUGGUGCCAACAACAACAACAGCAGCAACAACAACAACACGAGCAGCAGCAAUGGCAGCGAGCAGCGACGCAGUCGUGAGCUGGAACGUGAACGCGAACGCGAACGGGAUCGGGAGGAGCGUCACAGCUUGAGCAGCACACGCAGCUCGCAGCGUCCAAGCAACAACAAAGAAGGUCGCAUCGAGUUGCGCACAGAAGCGGAGUUGCAGCAGCGGGCCCGGGAACGGACGCAGCGGCUUGAGGAGCUGGAGGCGGCCACUCUGCGCGCCCACAAGCGCGAGAAGCUAUCGCGUCGCGAUGAGCGCAGUCAGCAUCGACACGAUGGCGUCGAGACGGUGGACCUUGUUACGGGCAGCGGCAGCAGCAGCCAGGAGCAUCUACGUAGCCACUACGAAGAGUACGAGGGACGCCAGCGAGAUCGUGAUCUGAGUUCGGUGUCCAAUGAGAGCAACGGUUCCCUGCAGCAUCGACGCAGUCACGAGACAAUUGAAUAUGAUAAAGAUUCUAAACGUCGUAAAAUGGAAUCGUCGUCGUCAAGUUCAAAGAAGGUUGAGGAGCUCGUAGAUAGUGUGAAGAAGGCGCGAGGCCUCAAGACCAAAGAGCGCAACAAAGACAAGAUGUCCGAUGAAGAGCGCGAUGCGCGCAGGGAUCGCAAGAUGGGGCGCAAACGGGAUCGGAACGAGGAGUCCGGCAGCGGCGAUCACAAGCGUCGGCGCGAAGCACAAAAUGGCGACGACGAUUUGCGCGAACGGGAACGCCAUAGAGAUAAAUCUUCCCGUGAGCGUUCGCAUGAGAAAUUCGAUCGGGAACGCGGCGGCAGCUCGCGUGGAGAUGAUCGACAGUAUGGCUCGAAGUCGUCACGCUUCUCGAGAAUUAACUACUGAACUAAAAUUCGAGUUUUAUUUUCCGUACAGUGGAACGCAUUUUGAAUUGAGAAUAACGAAACAAAUAAUUAAAAUACAAUUUUUUUCUAUUUUAACGUAAAG